GCUGUUAACUUGCAGUGGAAAUUUUAGGAACUUCAUUCCCUGGAUUCUAUUUGCAAAAAAUUAAUCAAAAACUUUUUCUGAUCCCAUUUUUAUGACCGAUAGUUGUGAAAAAAGUGCUGUGUGAGCUGUGAGUGAAAAUGUCCCACCAAACUGGAAUUAAAGCAAAUGAGAAAUUGCUGAAAUUCUUCGGCAAGUGCAAGGAUGGAAAGGCGAGGGCUAUCAAAAUUAUCAUUGAUAAUGAGGAACUGACCUUGUCGGAUCAUAAGGAAGUGAAAAAGGACUGGGUCAAGGACUACGACAGGUGCAUUCCGCCGAUGGUGGAAGCUGAUACGCCCUGCUAUGUUCUCUACAGAUUGGACACGAAGUCAUCGCUCGGCUAUGACUGGCUUCUACUCAGCUGGACCCCCGAUACCGCAUCAAUUCGCCACAAAAUGGUCUAUGCCUCCACGAAGGCCACGCUCAAGAAUGAAUUUGGCUCAUCGUACAUCAAGGAGGAAUUGCACGCAACAAUCCCCGAAGAGGCCACGUAUGAAGGGUAUUUGCGGCACAAGAGGGACUUUAGUGCUCCAGCACCCCUCACGACGCGCGAAGAGGAGAUUCAGGAGCUCCGCAAAAGCGAAGUGAAGACAGAAGUGAGCACCGAGACACGCCACAAGACCCUCAAUGGGAUAAGUUUCCCCAUCACCCAGGCAGCAAUUGAUGCCAUCCGUGAUGCCAAGAGAGGUUCCUACACGUAUUUGCAAUUUAAAUUGGACCUUGCCCAGGAGGAGAUUCAUCUCGUGAAAGCCGCCAAUAUUGACGUGACUGCUCUUGCCCAGAUGAUCCCAAAGGAUCAAGCUCGCUAUCAUAUUUUCCUGUACAAGCACACCCACGAAGGAGACUACCUCGAAAGCUACGUCUUCAUCUACUCCAUGCCCGGGUACUCAUGCUCCGUCAAGGAUCGCAUGAUGUACUCCAGCUGCAAAGCCCCCUUUGUUACCGCAAUCACCGACGAAGGCAUAGAAAUCACAAAGAAAUUGGAAAUAGACUCAGGGGAUGAGCUCACGGAUGAAUUCCUCCGUGAUGAGCUACAUCCCAAGAAAAUUCUCCAUCGUCCCAUCUUCGAUAAACCACCAGGACCGAAGAAUCGAGGAGCCAAACGUGUGACAAGACCCCAAGCGACUGAGUAGAUUUAAUAUGCAAAAUUUAUCAAAUUUUUUGGUAUUUUUUUAGAGCAUUUUUAAUCAAUUUUUUUUCACUAUCUUUUGUUGUUUUUUUUACUUUUACUCUUUUAGGAGCUAUCACUAUUUAUUUUGGCCCUUUUAGUUGUAAAAAAAAUCUUCUUUUGGGCUUCCAAUGCUUUUUCUUUUGGCAAUAAAAAUCACAAAAAAUAAUGGAGAUGCUCCAUCUUAAUUUUUGAGAUUCUAAAAGAAAAGAAAAAUACAUGCAACAGUAUACAAGUCAAUAUAUAAUGCAUAAACUAUAUUUUAGUAGUUAUUUUACAGAUGAGAAUUCAAAAUAAAACAGAAAUGUGAAGAA